GGUGCCCCGUCGGCUACGACUUCCGAUAGCCUUGUCUUCCAUAUAAGACACCCUUUCCGUCACACGCCUGUCUCUCUUUAUCUUAUCCAGACGUCAAGAGAAGCCAGCGUUGGAGACACACCGAACCGAACCAAACCAUGGGUGCGUCAUCGGAUAGCCCUGUCGCCAACUCGCCCAAGCCGGAUCAGCACGAGGCUGCUCCCGAAGUUGACCUCGCUCAGACACUCCGAGAGCUCACAAAAGGCGAACAGACCGCCACAGCAAUGGAAGCCAACCUGACAAACCUCGAAUCCAAACUCGACGCUUUACUCGCCGCUUUUGAGCACCUUGAAGAGGAAAAAGGGGGAGCUCCUGGACAGAAGAGCAAGUCUGAAGGGAAUUGAAAAAAAAAAAAAAAAAGAAUGGGUAGUCUCAUUCUCUUCGUCUUCGUCUUGUUUCUUGGCGUCUUUCUCCUUUGUUUAUUUCUUUCUCUCUUUCUUUGGAUUGUAUACCUGGGUUCGUUAGCGAUUCAAGGUUCGUAAAGAUUUGAUUUUUUUUUGGGGGGCGCUGCAUUUAAACAUGGCACACACAUGUAUGAAGAGUCGUUGCAAUAUAGAUAUGAAAAUAAACGUGUCUGCUAAAUCAACCUUGAUACAACACAAUAGUCACUACUUGGGUGUGAAUGCGUAGUCGUCACCAAGUAAACAUACUUAUCAAGAGCACCGCGCGUCCAACUCACCAUCAUUCAUCACGCAUAAUUGGACACAU